AUGGCUGCACCUCCACCACCGCCAUCAAGCACACUCACCGCAGCGUACGCCCAUCCGCCGCUGCCGCCACUACCGGUCCCACCGCUGGAAAAGACGCUGGCACGGUGGCUGGACUCGCUGGCGCCGCCGCUCUCUGACGCUGCCAUCGCCGAGGCCAAAGACGCUGUGGAGGCAUGUCUCGCAUGCGAGGACGUGCGCGCAGCGCAGGCACGGCUGGAGGAGCGUGCGGUGAGCGAGCCGUCGUGGCUCGAUGACUGGUGGCUGACCGGGGCAUACACCAGCUGGCCGAGUCCGACUCCGUACCUCUCCAACUACUUUAUCGGCUACCCGGCCGAGGCGCUGCCGGAGGCGUUGCGCGGAUCGCAAGCGGCAGCAAGUGCAUACAUGGCCGCCGGCUUUGUAGCAUUUUUCGCCAAGCUCGCUGCAGGCCGGAUCCCGCGCGAGUACAUGGGCCGCAAGCCGCGCAUCCCACUCUCGAUGCACCAGUACGCCGCGCUGUGGGGCACUACCCGGAUCCCAGGCGAGGCUGGUGACUCGCUACUGGCAUCACGCCAUGCUGGUGAUCUUCAGCUCCCGGUCAAGGCACUGGUCAUCUCUCCGGCCGGCUACUUUAUUGUCACCCUUGCUCCGGCGCUGUCGGAGGACUGCCCGGUCGACAUGGCAGCGCUGGCAGCGACGCUAGAGGCCCUUGCGCGUCUACCCCCAGUUGACGAGCUCGAUGCGUCAGCACGGAUCCUGGGUGAGCUCUCUGCCGGCGAGCGGCCGAACUGGGCACAAGCGCGGACGCUCCUGCUCGAGCACGAGCCCGCAAUCAACGGGCCAGCUCUCGACGCCAUCGCCGACACAGCGCUCGCCAUUGUUCUCGACCCACACGAGCCGGACAGCACUCUCGACGCGACACGGACCGCGGCCGGAGGCGAUGCGUCGCUUCGCAUGUUUGACAAGACCAUUCAGAUCAUCGCGUACGGCAACGGCAUCAUCGGCGUCAACGGCGAGCACUCCCCGGCCGAUGCCAUCUCGACCGUCUACGUCUUUAACGACAUCCACACCGCCGAGCCGCCACCAGCGCUGCUGCACUGGCUUGCUACGCCGUCCCACGCGCCGCGCAAGACAAACGUGACCCUCGCCGUGGCGCCCGUCCGGCUCGCGGUCCCGCGGCAGGCGCUCGCGCCUGUACUCGUCGCGGCACGGACCUCGUUUGCCACCGCCUCGGAGGACUUUGACGAGGAUUUGCUCUUCUACAACACCUUUGGUCACGACGCACUCAAAGCCGGGCGGACAUCGCCAGACGCGUUUAUUCAGAUGGCCAUUGGCCUGGCGUACUUCCGGCUCCAUGGCAAGCACGCGGUGACGUACGAGACCGGACAGACGCGGCAGUUUGCGCUCGGGCGGACCGAGACGGUUCGAGCAGCAAGCUCGGAGCGGGCGGCGUUCAUCGAGGCCAUGGGCGCGCCCGACGCCACCGUGACCGAAAAGCGAGCUGCACUCGACGCCGCCAUCAAACGGCACCUUGCGCUGCUGAAAGACGCGUGCUUUGGUGCAGGUGUCGAUCGGCACUUGCUGGGCCUGCGGAUGGCGUGCUCUGAGCUCGGACUCCCGCUCCCGGAGCUUUUCUCCACCGAGGCCUUUAUCACCUCGUCGCAGUGGGUCAUCUCGUCGUCGAACACCAACCCUGCACCGUUUCCGCGCAUCGGCGGCUUUGGUCCUGUCGUCCACCCGCACGGCUACGGCAUCUGCUACUCGACACUCCCGGACAUGAUUUGCGUCAACAUCACGUCGUGGCGGUCGAGCGAAGAGACAUCGUCGGCAGCCAUGCGCAAGGCGCUUGCGGGAGCCUUUACCGAUGUCGGUGCGUUGGUGGUCAACGUGCCUAAGCUGUAAACUCACCAUGGUCGCG